AUGGAAAAAUUUAGUAUUUCUCUCAUUGUCUUUACUGUAUUUUGGGGUUUAAUCGGUAUUGUUUUACCAUUUCUCAUUCCUAAAGGACCGCAUCGACGUCUCAUUCAAACAAUGUUAGCAUUAACAUCUGCUUGUUGUUGGCUCUUUUGGUUAUGUUUCUAUCUUCAUCAAUGGAAACCAUUAUUUGGACCACAAAUUUCCAGUGUCGAUGCUCGUGCAUUAAAAGUACUCUGGGGUCAAGAUCUUUAA